CGACGCCGCUAAGGUCAUCGAGCCCAAGAUAUACGGCCGUUCUCGGCCCCCCAUCUGCGGGGUUCAAAUCAUCACUGGAGUCCCAGAAAACAGUAUGACUUUUCGAACAUUGAUAUUGUCAAAAUUCUGUGUAAAGCCAUCAUUGUCUACUAUCAACUUGCUUAGGUCAGAGGUAGGUGUUUUAUUCCUUCUCAGAAUUUCUUCAUUCAUAGUUUCAUAUUCAUAUUUGCAAUGCAUUAUUCAUUUUGCUAUAAACUUGAAAUAGCAAGUGUAAGAGUAUGUGUUUCUAAAUUGCCGCAGACUAGGAAUAUAAUUUGGGAUUUAACUGUUGAAUGUCGGGUUGUCAUUUAGAUGCAAUUCAACUGAUUGAUAUUUUUGAAAGUUUUAGAUCGUGAUUUUGUCGUGAAGGAGAUUUUAAUGAAUUGGAUAUGUCUGCCCCACCUUUGAGUGUUAUAUGGCAAUAUGCUGCCUCUCAAGUAGAAUGGGUUGCUUCCUAUACUUUCUUAAAUAAAACUUCUUGGUGGCUGUUGUAAAAUUUGUCUGUGUGAGCCUUUGAGAAUGGGUGGUCGACUGAAUUGAGACCAUUUUUUCUCUGCAAUAGAAUAGAAAACUAUAAAGCAAGUUUGCAAAUAAUAUUUUUUAUAUCAAAGUAGAGCUGUUAGUUGAUUUUGUUAAUAUUUGAGUCAUUCUUUGAAAGAGAAGAGCCUAUGUUUUCAAUAUUGACAAGAAAUAUAUUAUUCUCCCUCUUUUUGCGUCUGUGUGUUAUGAACAAAGGCUGUUAGGAGAUCAUGAUUCAACGUGCGAGAAGAAAUGUGAGCGUUGUCAUAUUCCUUCGGCAUCCACCACACUUCUUCUUGGGGCAGUUCUGCAAAUCUGUCUCGGUUUCUGUUGUGCUGCAUUUUGAUGGCUGAUAAAUGGCAAAAUAAAACUUGAAGAAGAGGCUUAAUUAAGACUGCUCUCUGAAGCUGCUGCACUUCGGCUUCAAUGGCGUCGGGAACAGAGUGCCAUAGAUGGAUUACAGAAAUCUCAUACGGCACGUAAUCUUGGGACUUCCUGGGUACGUACAGUUCACGUCUCCGACCUGCAGAUAUGUGGACCUCCUGGCUCUCUAUCAGGUGAAAGCUUUUCUUAGGGGAGAUUCUCUUCCAUUCUCAGCCGGACAGCUCGAGGGUAUAGCAUCCUUGGUAAACAUGUGCACUCGUGUAAUAAGGCGGCUUAGCUCCACCAGCAUUUGUUAUUGGAUAAUAGAAUACUUGAGACAGCAGCCAAAGCACAAGACAUUUUCCGCUUUGGUCCUCCGUUUCAUCAAAGACCGAGUUGCAGCCAUACUCUUGAUGGAGGUCGGGUUACAAGCUUCUGUGUGGGUAUCGUAUCUGUACGUGUAAAAGUUGUUGGUGUAAAAGUUGGAGAUGAAGUGAAAGUUCGAGUGGAGGAAGCCCAUCCAUGUAACGACACCAUUUCUUUUGUAGAGGUUGUGGUGACAUAAUAUAUAAUACGACUGUACUAACAUGGUGCGAGUUUCGUGCAAGGUGGCCUCUCGACUCCAUACUAGCUCUAUUGCUAAUUACAUUUUAAUUCUUCACGCGACAGUUUGAUUUAUAGGUCGGUUUUCUCAUUCGCUUGCUUGUAUAUACCAAUUUUUAGAAAGCGGCUCUUUUUUUUUUUCCUACUGUGUGCGCUUUAAAGAAGAGGAAAUCAAAGGGAAAGUAGCGAAGAAAAAGGAUCUUAAGACAAUGUGAGGCCUUUGUGGUAAAAGAUUAUUUUGUUAACAGUGUUGAAAAAAUACAAGUUUUUAUGUCCUUGCCAAACUCGUAUUAGAG